AUGGAUGCCCAGAACAAGGAGGUUGAUGCCCUGGUCCAGAAGAUCACCAGCCUCCACACCGCCAUCGCCAAGCUGUCGUCCCUCAGCCCAUCACCCGACGUUGACGCGCUCUUCACCGACCUGGUCACCGCGUGCAUCCCCCCGAGCUCCAUGGACGUGACCAAGCUCGGGCCGGAGGUGCAGGAGAUGCGGGAGGGCAUCAUCCGCCUCUGCUCCGAGGCCGAGGGGAAGCUGGAGGCGCACUACUCCGACAUGUUGGCCGCCUUCGACAACCCGCUCGACCACCUCGGCAUGUUCCCCUACUACAGCAACUACAUCAACCUCAGCAAGUUGGAGUGCGAGCUCCAGGCGCGCUACGUGCCCGGAGGAAUCGCCCCGGCCCGCGUCGCGUUCAUCGGCUCCGGCCCGCUGUCGUUCAGCUCCUACGUCCUCGCCGCUCGCCGCCUGCCCGACGCCAUGUUCGACAACUACGACCUGUGUGGCGCGGCCAACGACCGUGCGAGCAAGCUGUUCCGCACGGACAAGGACGUGGGCGCCCGCAUGUCUUUCCACACCGCCGACGUCGCGGACCUCACCGGCGAGCUCACCGCGUACUACAUCGUCUUUCUGGGCGCGCUCGUGGGCAUGGCUGCCGAUGACAAGGCCAAGGUGAUCACGCACCUCGGCGCGCACAUGACGGACGGGGCGGCCCUCGUCGUGCGCAGUGCGCACGGGGCGUGUGGGUUCCUCUACCCGAUCGUCGACCCCCACGACAUCGGUCGAGGCGGGUUUGAGGUGCUGGUCGUGUAUCACCCUGACGAUGACGUGGUGAACUCCGUCAUCAUCGCACACAAGUCCAAGGACGUGCAUGCCAAUGAAUGUCACAACGGGCGUGGUGGACGGUGCGCGCGGGGCGCGGUGCCGGUCGUCAGCCCGCCGUGCAGGUUCGAUGAGAUGGUGGCGGACGUGACCCACAAGAGAGAGGAGUUCGCCAACGCGAAAGUGGCCUUCUGA